GAAACAGAGGAUGUCUUGCCCAUGUCUACGGAGGACAACCAUAGAGUUGGAAGGAACCAAAGUUCAUCUACUCCAACCUGCUGCCCAAUGGCAAGGCCGUCAACACACCAAGCCCCCACAGAACAACCUUUGCUGUCCAGAACACAGUGUGACACAAGCAGAGGGCAGAAGCACACCAGAAAGCACUGGAAAACUCUGUUUGAUCAGUUUGACCCCGAAAACACUGGCUACAUCAGCACAGAGAAAUUUCGAAACCUCCUCCAAAGCCAUGGCUCUGAAUUGGAUCCACACAAGCUAGAAGUGCUCUUGGCCUUAGCUGACAAUAAUUCUGAUGGGAAGAUCUGUUACCAAGACUUUGUCAACUUGAUGAGUAACAAAAGGUCCAAUAGCUUCCGCCAAGCCAUUUUGCAGGGGAACCGAAGGUUGUGCAGCAAGGCACUACUGGAGGAGACGGGGCUUAGCCUUUCCCAGCGGUUGAUUCGGCAUGUUGCAUAUGAAACGUUGCCGCGUGAGAUAGAUCGGAAGUGGUUCUAUGACAGUUACACCUGCUGCCCUCCUCCUUGGUUCAUGAUUGCCAUCACCAUUGUAGAGGUUGCCUUCUUUCUUUACAACGGAGUGGUACUAGAUAGGUUUGUGCUGCAAGUCACCCACCCCUUAUAUUUGAAGAACUCGUUGAUAUAUCAUCCUCAGCUGCGUGCCCAAGCCUGGAGGUACCUCACCUACAUAUUCAUGCAUGCAGGGAUUGAGCACCUUGGACUAAAUGUAGUUCUUCAGCUUUUGGUUGGAGUCCCCCUUGAAAUGGUUCAUGGGGCAGCAAGGAUCGGGUUUGUCUACAUCGCUGGAGUUGUAGCCGGUUCUCUGGCAGUGUCUGUUGCUGAUAUGACUGCACCUGUCGUGGGCUCCUCUGGCGGGGUGUAUGCCCUCAUAUCUGCCCACCUAGCCAACAUAGUAAUGAACUGGUCUGGAAUGAAGUGCCAAUUCAAGCUGCUGCGCAUGGCUCUUGCCUUGAUCUGUAUGAGCUUUGAAUUCGGGAGAGCCGUGUGGCUGAGGUUCUACCCAUCUGCCUAUCCUCCAUGUCCACACCCAAGUUUUGUUGCCCACCUUGGUGGAGUAGCAGUCGGAAUCACUCUAGGUGUGGUCAUCUUAAGGAACUAUGAGCAAAGACUCCAAGACCAGUCCUUAUGGUGGAUCUUUGUAUCCAUGUAUAUGGUAUUCGUUCUCUUUGCCAUCUUCUGGAACAUUUUUGCCUAUAGUCUGUUGGACCUGAAACUACCUCCACCUCCUUGAGAGUCUGAGUUACGAAC